AUGGCUUCUACCUAUCUGAAGCAAAGGACUGUCGACAACGAUGCCGUUACUUCCAUCCAAGCCAGCGAUCAAGUCUCUCAGACGGUAAAGGGUGUCAUCGAUCAUAUCAGACGAGAUGGCGAUUCAGCCGUGCGCCAGUACUCCGAGAAGUUCGACAAGUGGUCUCCUCAAUCUUUCAAGCUUUCGGAUUCCGACAUCGAGGAUAUUAUGUCCAAGGUACCAGAUCAGGUGAUCAAAGACAUCAAGAAGGUGCAAAGCAACGUUCGCAAAUUUGCAGAAGCGCAGAAGAAUUCUUUGUCCGAGUUGGAGCUGGAGAUCGAGCCUGGUGUAUUCUUGGGACACAAAAAUGUUCCGAUCCAGAAUGUUGGCGCAUACAUUCCCGGUGGAAGAUACCCGUUGCUUGCCUCUGCACACAUGACAAUCGUUACCGCAAAGGUGGCAGGAGUUCCCAAUGUCAUAGCUUGUACGCCUCCUAUCAUGGGCAGGAUCCCUCAUGCCACAAUCGCUGCAAUGUAUCUUGCCGGCGCAGAUGAGAUCUUCAUCCUCGGCGGUGUCCAAGCAGUCGCCGCCAUGGCUGUCGGAACCGAUACCAUCCGAAAAGUGGACUUCAUCGCAGGUCCAGGCAAUGCUUUCGUCGCAGAAGCAAAGCGACAGCUCUUUGGAGAAGUCGGCAUAGACCUGUUUGCUGGACCUACCGAAGUUCUCAUUGUCGCAGACCACAAAGCCGACCCGUUCACCUGCGCUACGGACCUUCUGUCACAAGCAGAGCACGGACCGGACACUCCUGCAAUCCUUAUCACGACUUCGACAGAGGUGGCCAAGAAAACGAUCGCGCACGUGGAUGAGUUGCUUAAGAUUCUGCCCACCGCCGAACUCGCCGGGACUUCAUGGAGCAAGUUUGGAGAGGUCGUCGUGGUCGAAGAUCUCGAAAAGGCCUACACUCUUGCAGACGUCUACGCAAGCGAACACGUCCAGAUCUUGACCGAGAACCCCCGCGAGGCCCUCGUCAAGAUGAAGAACUACGGCGCCCUUUUCCUCGGCGAUCGUACUUGCGUUUCCUAUGGUGAUAAAUGCAUCGGCACAAACCACGUUCUUCCCACCCGCGGAGCCGCUAGAUACACAGGAGGACUCUGGGUCGGCAAGUACCUUCGCACUUGCACUUACCAGAUUGUGGAGGAUGACAAAGCGAGUGGAGAGUUGGGACUCUUGUGUGGAAGAGCAGCUCGUGUGGAGAACUUUGAAGGUCACGCGAGGUCUGGUGAUUUGAGAGCGCAUCGAUUCUUGGGUACCGAAUUUGACUGGAUCAAGGAGGGCAACUAUCAGUCCAACGGACAUGCAGUGUAA